AUGGACUACGAGGCAGAAGUCUAUCCAUUCAUGUCUCCUCUCUUCAGCCUUUGGCUCCAUGAGCACCAAGUGCAGGACAGAACCUUUCUUUCAGGGAAAGUCAUCGGGGGCCGGGAAGCUGUGCCUGAUUCCCAUCCCUACAUGGCAUUUCUUCAGAUCAAGACUCUAACUAAAACAAAACGAUGUGGGGGUUUCCUUGUACGUGAGGAUUUUGUCCUCACAGCAGCCCACUGCUGGAAAAGGAGCAGAUCCAUCACUGUCAUCCUGGGGGCCCACAACAUCAAAGACAAUGAGAGGACCCAGCAGAUCAUCCCGGAUUACAACAGCAACUAUUUCAAUGACAUCAUAUUACUGCAGAGGUGGAAGGUGGAGUGUGCCUGA